AUGCAUUGUGCUAAAACUUUUUCCAAUGGGAUCUAUGUUGCCUUAACCGGCAAUAUGACCAAAUCACUUUGUCUGAUAUUCGGAUCCUAUGAUCGUUCUCAUGCACCUUCCAUGUUCCAGAUGGCAAGAAUCGGA